UUACGAAUACAUUCACUCGUGCUGUGCUUAUAUCUUUGGAUGACAGUAAAAAUAUAGUGAGAUGAGGAACUCUGUGGCUCUUAUUGUGGUGACACUGUGCGGUUUGGGGGCAGAGGAGGCGUCUCUACCUGAAGACUUCCACAGAUGUCGGCAGAAGGAUCCAAAGUUGAACGAGUGUUUGAAAGCAGCUGUACCAGACGCAAUUAGGAAAAUGAAACUAGGGGUCCCGUCUCUGUCGGUUCCGUCCAUGGAACCCCUGCACGUGUCCGCCAUAAACAUCGACUCAGGCGCAGGCCCGGUGGUCAUCACGCAGAACUACAAGAACAUCAAGCUGCACGGACUUACCGACACCAUUCUCACCACAUACAAAGCCGACUUAAACCACUUCAGGUUGCGGACGGAUUCUCUAACACCCAAGAUGGAAUUUAUCGCAGACUACAUCAUGAAGGGCAGAAUUCUGGUGCUACCCAUCCAGGGCAAAGGAAUUGCAAACAUUACUAUGUUGAACUUGGUGGUGAAGCACGACCUGAUCGGCGAGCCGGUCACGCGGGACGGACAGACGUACAUGCACAUCCGCGAGUACAGGGUCAAGUUCAUACCCAAGAAGGUGUUGCUGUACUUCUCGAACCUCUUCAAUGGGGACAAGAGGCUCGGAGACCAGAUGAAUAUUUUCCUGAAUGAAAACUCCGAUCUUGUUUUCAACGAGCUGAAAGAAUCCUACGAGAACAGCCUAAGUUCGGUAUUUCAAGACGUGACAAACAAAAUAUUCGACAAAGUCCCCAUGAACAAAAUAUUCCUUGAAACCUAAAA